GAGGAGUCUGCAGAGCGGAGGACAGAGAGAGCAGCCGCUGCUUAUAGCAGGAGUUACUCAAACCUGUGAUAUUGUUUAUUUAUCUGUGUGACUGAACGGGUUUCACGGUCUGUCCCCUCCGAGGCUUUAUUCAGGGCAGGCAGGCGAUGCUGGAGGCUAUAAAAGUGACCGAACGCCUCCACUGGCCCGAGACAGAGAUGGCUAAGAAGUGUGUGUUGAGUCCGAUGGAGAAGCCGCUGAGCCCUAGCCAGCUGUACCUGGAGCACUGGUCUCCAGGUGUGCUAAAGGACCUGUUUGGAACCAGUAGCUACAAUGUUAUUUUGCAGAACGAAGAAGAGGAACAACUCAGUCCCAAACACUCCCCUUAUAGACGGCCCAAAAGAGCACAGCACCUCAUUUCCACAGCCUCGAGAAAGACUGGUGGGAGGCCUGUAGUGUUAACCAGGCCCAGAGAGGGAUACAGGAACGUCAGCCAGUCACAGCUCUUCUCCAGCAGCACUCGCUUUGGGAAUAAUAUCACAGUCCUUGGAAGUCCCAUUGGAUUGACCCCCCGCCCAGUCCCCAGACCACAACGAAGUUCCCAGGCAAGCUCCUCUCGAGUCAGACUACCUCUGCUGGCCAAAGCAGGCUCUGUGAGAGAUUCUGAAAACUCACUGAAGAAGCUAUGCAUCCUCACAGCCAUAAAGCCAUCCAACGUGGACAGUGAGAAGACCCGCUUUUUCAAGUCAGACUUCACCUACAACCCCCAGUUUGAGUACAGCAACCCGGUGGCUCCCAACAAUGCUUCUGACCGCUUCCUCACACAGGCUGUGCGAAUCAUGGAGCUUGCGCUGCAGAAGUACGGGAACUAUGAAAAGUUUGAACAAGCCACUGGAGGGAGCCUGCUGACCAAGAGCCGAAUCUGGUCCCAUGUGAAGAAGUACAUGGAGAAAGAAGGCUGUGUGGGGGAGAUAGUGGUGCACUUGACGGAUGACCUGCUGUCCAGAGCCUCCAUGACUGUAGUAAAUGGCAGACCAACACUGACCAUAAACAUCUCCACAGCCAGAGAGCAGUGGCUUGAGGGAAUGCUGAGACACGAGAUUGGCACACACUACUUCAGAGGCAUCAAUAACAGCCAACAGCCGUGGAACAGCGGGGCAGGGAGGAAAAAGCUGGGCCUGAGGCCUUUAAACCCCACAGAGGAGGGUCUGGCCAGUAUCCACAGCGUCCUUUUCCGCAGAGACCCCACACUGUGGCGAGCUGCACUCCUGUACUACACCGUUUACCAGGCCAGCCAUAUGAGCUUCUCUCAGCUAUUCCGCGACCUGGGACGCUUCGUCCACGACCCAAACACCCGCUGGGACUACUGCGUCCGGUCCAAGCGAGGUCAGACAGACACCUCACAGCCAGGCUGUUUCAGUAAAGACCAGGUUUACUUGGAUGGAAUCCUGAAGAUCCUGAGACACAGAGAGAAGAUUGAUUUUCAGCUCCUUACUGCACUGGGCAAGGUGUCCUAUGAGGACGUAGAGCGGCUGAAGGGUUUGGCGGUGAUGGAGCAUGUGCGUAUCCCUCACUUCCUGCAGGAUCAGAGCCGUUACUCUGAGCAGCUGCAGAAGAUCAUGGAAGUCAACCAGCUAACAGACGAGGAACUCCGUAUGCUCAUUUGAGCUCAGUCACACCCUUAGAGCCAACCUCGAGCUGACCAAUAUAAGCUGAGAAAUCUGACACGUAUCCUAUUGUGGCAAACCCUGCAUCUACCCAGCCUACGAGUGAUGCACUUUUAACCUAAGUGUACUUUACACCCUGUUUUUUUCUGUCCAAAGAUAAACAUAUUGCUAUUUCUGUGGUGUUUUGCUGUCUUUGAGGUUUAGGUAACAAUGACAUUUGACCUGCAGGUGAAGACAAAUAAAACACAACACAGCACAGCACCACCUGCAUGCCAUGCACAGUAAUACACAAUUUUUUUAAUCCAGUGCUGUAAAACUAGCGGGAGGCUAAACGAGUGCCAAUUUUUCAUCCAUGUGCAUGCCUGUUCUUUAUAUAUAUAUAUAUAUAUAUAUAUAUAUAUAUAUAUACUUUAACUAUAUGCUACUUUCUGUGUUUGUAUUAGAAACUGAUAAUCAGCAGAUAAACAAAUUUACAUGUUUUUCCUCGUUUGCAUAAAGUGAGCGUUAAGUGAUUUGUGCUUUAUAUAUUAAGUUUCUUUUGAUUUGCACUGAAGCUACAUAAAAAAUGUAGCUAACACGUAAUGGAAGUAAUAGUAUGACACAAUAUCUAAAAGUAUUUAUAUGUUGAAAACUGAAAUGUACAUUGUAAAUGUGGGGAGUAUUUGGAAUGCAGCCAGAAACAUGCAUGCAGCUUUUUUCAUAAGAAUCUUGUUUUUUUCUCCCAAACAACACUGAAAACACUGAUUAUUCUUAAAUGGAAGGCUAAAACCAUUACUUGUUAGCUACAUUAGCUUCAGAGGUCCCGUGCAAAACUAAAGAAACAGACUUCUGACACAAAACAAUGUCUUGGCUGUUUGGCCAUUUGUUUUUAUUUUUUACCACACCGUCGUACUAUAAAAUAAGGUUAAAUUAAUUGUGAAUACUGAUAAAAAAGCCCAGUUUAGUAUUGAUGUAGAGUAUUAAACUAAAGCUCCUAGAGAUAAAUGACAGUUUAUAUGUACACCUUAUUUGAAAACUUUAAACAGCAUUACUAAAAUGUGCUUUCAGACUACUUAAGCCAGAAGAUUUUAAGACCGUUAGAGACUAAUUAUUAUUGUUUAAAAACCUUUUUUAUGAAGUGGACAUCUUGUUUAAGCACACCAGCGGUUGUCACCAGCAUGCCUGCUGGGACCCAUUCUUGCACAUAUUAAACGUUAAGCUGCUCUUUUACCAGCAUUCUUUUGUAGACUAAGGUUUUCCUAUUUUGUAUGCAUGGAUUUUGUGUUAGAAAUUGCAAUCCUUCAAUGAACCGCUGUUUAGUUUUAAUGUUCUGUAUUGAGGACUGUAUUCUGUACCAGUGCAGUUGUGUAUUACUCUGGAUAUUUUAACUAAACUCCUCUAGAUUGUUGGUUACUAAGACUUACUAAGUUUUCUUUACUGACACUUUAUGGACUGGGAAUCCUCUGGGGAGAGGGAAAAAAAGGAAACAAAUCCACGCGUGCAUAAUGCGUGGGAGAAUAAAGGUGCUUUAUUCUGUUUUCAUUUAGACUGCAUACACGGACUAUAGUAAUAACCCACAUGGUAGUAUCAUCAUAUCUAUGUUUAUAAACAUGUAUAUUUAUAUACCACUGUUUCACUGUGUUUCUCUUUUAUUUGAAAAAAGAAACAUAACUGUGGAAUAAACGGACAGAAACAAUUCAA